AUGUCCACUAGAGGAAGACGCGGAAGAGGGCGACCGCCAAAGACGCCUUUGUCAUCCGUAAGGCCCAGGAGUAAUUUUUUGAGAAAGCCCAAAGCCUAUCAAAACCAUGGAACUCCAUCAAGUGAUCCAAGUUCUCGGUCGAGUACCCCAGUCAGUACGCCUGGAACCCCGAUACGGGGACAGGGGAGGGGCAGGUCCCGUGAGGCUGCACAAAGAGGUAGACAUUUCAUUCAAAACAUGAUAUUUGAAGACGAUGAUCAAUCGCGAUCUAGUCUUGAUCCAGAGGAUAAAGCAAGUGACGUUAUAGAUGAUCUGGAUGAAAACGAUCCGGUUUCAGAUGCUAGCUAUGAAGAAUCUGACUCUGAUUAUAGUGAUGAUAGCUUCAGUACUAUAGGUAGCUCUGCUGGCAGGAGAAAAUUGUUUUUUGGAAGAAGACCUAAAACACCAGAGCUACCGGACGACAAAGAUAUUACACCAUUAACUAUGCCUCCUAGUUCAACAGAUUUGUUGAUACCCAUUGAAAACCUUAUGCAAAGUUUAAGCAUCUAUGAAGUGCUGCGACAUUUCCGUACCAUUCUCAGAUUAUCCCCAUUUAGCUUUGAGGACUUUUGUGCAGCAAUAAUGAGUGAUGAAAUUUCCUCGCUGCUGACAGAAAUUCAUAUAACAUUAUAUAAAGCGUUAUGGCGUGAAGAAGAUGGUAAUAAUACAGCAUUUGGUCCCUCGGAUAUGAAGGACAGCAUCAAUAUAUCAUUGUUCUUCGUUGAUGCUUUUACUUGGCCAGAAUCCAUCCGAGCACUACUUGACACAGAGUCUGACAGAUAUCCAGAGUAUAAGGUGGCAAUAGAAUCAUUAGAACAUCCAGACUUCCCCUUUGUGCCUGUUGAAGAAAGACUUAAAGUUUUGAAGACUCUUACUGACCUGUUUUUGGUUACAAACAAUGUGAGAGAAGAAAUUAUGAAUGAAGGAAAUAUCCAAUAUGAUGAUCACUGCAGAAACUGCCAUAAACUCGGAGAUUUGCUGUGUUGUGAAACCUGCUCUGCUGUGUAUCACCUAACAUGUGUGGAACCUCCCAUGGAAGAGGUACCGGAGGAAGAUUGGGUCUGUGGAGUUUGCCGAGCUCACAAGAUUAAAGGUGUUACAGAUUGUGUAUCUGAGGCAGAAAAAAGUGGUCUUUUAUGCAGACAGGAACCUAUUGGGUUUGACAGACAUGGAAGAAAGUAUUGGUUUUUAGUGCGGAGAAUCAUUGUGGAGGGUGAAAAUGAAGUUUGGUACUACAGUACAAAGGGUCAGAUUGACGAGUUGCUGGAGGUACUGGACUCUGAAGGCUGGGAGAAAGAUCUGGUCAACGCCAUCUAUGAAUUCAAAGAAGAUAUUCUCAAACAGAUGGCUGUCACUCACGAACUCACAAUGUUACACAAGGGCAGCAAGAAAUCUGCUUUGGAGUUGGAAAUAAAUGAAGUUGCCAAGACACAAGCAGAAAGGUCAUUACGAAAAGCGCAAGAAGAGGCAGAAAGGAAAAUUAAAGAAGAGGAAGAGGAGAAAAGGAGGAAAGAGGAAGAAGAAUCUGAAGAAAAAAGAAAUCUUGAAGAAAAUAAAGAAUCAAUGGAACUUGAUGGUCCAAAGGAAAAUGGAGCCACCUGGGCAAAAGACGAAAUUAAAGAGGACACUAUCCAAGCCAAUAUGGUAAUGAUAAACCUGAUAACAGAAGUUCUGACCACAACAACAACCACCUCAACUUUGGUGAAGUCUGUCACUACAAUCUCUGAAUCUUCAACAGUCACUCCGAAGAUGGAGGACAUAAAGGAAGAAAUGGAAGUAGAUAUAAAAUCUGAACUGAAGGAGGAAAUUAUGGAAAAUAAUGUAGAAACCAGUGAAAUUAACCAAGAAGUGAAAUCAGAACAACUGAAGGAUCUUCAAAACCAAGUAAAGCAACCACUCGACAUUAGAAAAAUUGACUUAAAAAACCUUACUCAAGUUAACGACAAACCCAAGUCCACAAUAAUGAAUGUUCAGUCAGUUUGUCCAAAUGUGAAACAGACUGUUUUGAAAAUGAAUGAUGAAAGUAGUCCACAGAAACAGACUAGAACUGUUUUAAUUGUAAAUAGAGAUGGCAAUAAGGUGACAUUGGCUGUCAGUAAACAGCCACUCGAUGGCACGAAGGCUGAGACAACUACCAUCCAGCAAACUAGUACGACAACCACAGCAUCAGCCCUAGCAGAAGCCAGAAAGAUUGUUACAAGGUCAAAAACUGGUUCACUAACUCCAAAGCAGUUCACAGAUUCAAUAACGGGAACCACAUCAGUCAAAACUCUUUCCAAACUGUCUUCCUCUUCAUCUGAUGAUCUUCUAGUCAUUAAUAAAGAUGGUGACAUCACUAGGGUCACCAGGAGUAAGUCAGCCUCUGUAAGCGCUUUACAGCAACAGCAUUUUAAGCUAGGCAUGGAAUGUAAUUUUAAGAAUUACGUGAACCAAUAUGCUACAAACAACCUGGCUCUGAACAAAUACCAGCAUAAUGAGGAACGCGACAAACGGCGCUACCUGUCUCAUAAGUUCAGUCUUACGCAGGCUAGUGAGUUCAAAUGGAAUGGGGCAAACCAUGGCAAAAAAAGUACAGUGAUUCAGACAUUGAUGUUGACCAUUAUACAGCUGGAGUCAAGUAUCCCCAGCUCAUUUCUCCACCCUAACUGGCCACUUCAUCGACAGAGCUGGACGAAUGCUGUACACAUGUGCCGUAAACCAAGCGACUUCUCUCUUGCCCUUUCUAUACUUGAAGCUUGCAUGAAGCCUGUGAUAUUCAAUCCAGUAUGGUCUGAAGCUUUGGGACACUGUCGCCUGCAGAAGAUUACAUCCCUAGACAGGGAAGAGAUGAAGAAACGAGAAAAGGAAUUGAGAAAGAGGAAGGAAGAGGAGGAGGAAGGUCGGCCAUUGGUGUGGAUAAAAUACACUUUAGGGUUGAAGCACCAGGUGUGGAAGCAGAGAGGAGAGGAAUACAGAGUGACAGGUGGUCAAGGAUGGCGAUGGAUUAGCUCCACACGGAAAUAUCAAUUUGUACCUCAGGAUACAGUUGGACUCAGGAAUGUAGCUCGUAAAAUUCAAGCCCGUAAACGUAAGGCAGCGGAAGUCAUACCGAAGGCAGCAGACAGUAAUCCAAAGUCUGUUUCCUCCCCCAGCAAGUCAGAGGGAGCAGAAAGUGUGGCUAUGGAUACAAAGGUGGAAGAGGAAAAGACGGAAACUUCUCCAGCAAAUUGUAAUGAGGAAGACUCAGGCGCUGAUAAUGGGGAGUUAAAUGACAAGAGUGGGACAAACAAAAACUUGAAUCAGUGCACUUCUGUUGGAGAUGACCAAAUGGAAGUUGACAUUGAAAGUGUAAGUCCUGUCAAAAAGUCUGUUGUUCAGACAUCUGCACCAGUUAAAGUAGAUAACAGUGAAAAGAAACUGGAUCUGUUAAAUCAUACUCUGCCUCCAAAAUUGGAUAUUCCACAGGUUGAUGUUUGUAAAGCUAUGAAUGAGAGAACACACUAUCCGAAAGUGACAAAACCAUAUGCUAAACUUGACUUGCUGUUGCAACGACGGCUGAAACAAGAGGAGAUUGAAAACAAGCAAAGACAGGCUCUCCAGCAGCAGAUUAACUGGAAGUUGAAGAGUCAAAAUUCUCCCGACAAAAAAGAUGAGUCAAAAGAUUCCUCGGAAGAAAAAGAUACAGAAAGUAAAGAAGAUAAAUCUGAAGAUCCGUGUGAACUAGAUGAUGUGUCAAUGCCAUGUUAUUCCUACUUGUGUAGGGAGAAAGGCAAAGAGUUCUGUUACUCACCCACUUGUCGGAAAGCUGUUUUGGAUGAGAGUGAGUUGAUGGAUAUGGAUAUAGCUGAGGAUGCUAUCGAGGCAGAGAAAGAUAAAUCCAUUGCUGACAUGAGCAUGGAAGACGAAGAUGUAGAUAUAGAAGGAGACAAAGAAGAGAAAACAGACAAGAAAGAAAAAGCUGAGGAGAAAGAUUCACUCAUUGAUGUGGAAAAAGAUGAAGAAGGGACCAAUAAAAAUAGCAAUAGCAGCUCAAUUCCAAAAGUACCAUCAUCAGAUUCAUCAACAUCAUCAAACACUUCUUCCUUGGUAAGUAAAACUCCCACCACAACUUCUCCAGGCACAACAUCAGCCAUUUCUUCUGCGCUUUCAGCUAUGAAGUCACCGUCAAGUCGAGCAGCGGCUGUUGCACAACUCUUGGCCAACCGUCCAGGCCUGAAGGCAUUCACACAGGCACAGCUCAUGUUGAAGCAAGCCAUUGAAAAAAUGAGUGUUGAAGAAUUAAAAUCCAAAAUGCCACCAGCCAGGUCAUCAAAAGAACCAAUAAAGUUAGUGAAGUAUGCAAAAUUCGGACAGAAACCCGCAGCAAAGAAAAAGGCCUCGCUUCCCCCUUGUCAUAAGUAUUUAACACCAAGUAGGAAACGGUCAGCACUAGUAUUAGAGAAACACGAUCUUAGGAAAAUGGCAAGAACAAAAGGGCUCACUGAAACCAAACAAUUCAAUUACAAUUGUAAAAUGAAUAAUGUCAACUGGAUCUAUCCUUGCCCACGGCCUCUGUUCAGAACAUCAUGGCGGUAUCGUACUCAAACUGUUAAAUCCUUCGGUGGAGUGGGUCUCCAAAUGAGAAUUCUGUGGGCGUGUCUGCGCUGGGAUGAUCUGUCAAUCAAGCCACCAGCUGGAGGCACAAACACAGUGUCAACAGAAACUGAAAUCACCACUAAAGAGCUUCUCAAGCGACGAGAUGUUGGACGUGAUGGACUGAGGUCCGAGUUUCUGGUCAGAAAGAUUGUGGUGCCUCUAGGUUUACCUAGUCAACCUAAAGAAAAAUACACACCUCAGAGGAGUGGCUUAAGGGAAAGAAGGAGGGCAGAAUCUCCCAAACAGACAGAACCAAGUGUGACAGAAACAUGGACUCCAGAAGAGGAAUUGGAACUCUGGGAAAUUAAACAGUUUGGAGAAAAGUUAGCAAAACAGAGAGCAGCAAUUCAAGAGAAGACAAGUCAGGAUUCAGUGAAGACUGCUGUGAAUGCCCAGCAGUUGAAGGCACAACUAGAGAUGCAGCUGAAACAACAGAGACUUGCGCUACAACAGAAGCGUAUGAUGGAGUCUCAGGGUUCAACAGCAGCCACCACAACAUCUACUACCACUAUCUCUUCUGCAGCUGCCACUUCUUUAAUCUCCACAGUACAGAGCACUGCAGGCGGUACCAUUAUCAAGCCAGCCACCACCGCCAACUCGAUACUUGGUGGUACUAGUAUACUCAAGACUGUACAAGUCCAGCCUAAAACUGUCAUUGCAGGUAGCCAAGGAACACCUGGACGUUCACUGGUACGAUUCCAGAUCCCAAGGUCAGCUGUCCAGCAAAUGCAGUCAUCCAGUUCCUCUAAUAUCACACUUGCCCCAAAACCAGGACUUGUUACAACAGCGGUCACCACAAGCGCAGUUACUUCCCCGGCAAGGGUGGUAGUGCCAGCCCCAACCUCCACACCACAGUCACUGACACCAAAAGUCCAAUUUCGGCCCCAGGUUGUGGCUCAGGGUGUGCCAGGCCAGGUGCAGAAUCUACAGAUUAUCCAGGGCCCCCAGGGUCAGCUUCAGGUGCGAGGACUCCUGCCAGGUCAACAGAUCAUCAGAUUACCUGAUGGACGUCUUCAGCUUUUGUCAAUGCCGCAGUCUCCACAAGUGGCUUCUGCCACUCCAACUCCAACAGUUACCCCUGCCACCACUGUGGCCGCCCCUGCCCUGACACCACCACGUACUCAGCUUGCCAUUCGUCCUCAGACCUCCAUCAUUGUAAGUAAUGCCAGUGGGAGUACACAGACAGCUACCACACCAGCCAGAAUUAUCAUUCCAUCUCAGAACCUUCCAACAGCAUUAGGCUCACCAAGUCCUGGCAUCAGCCUUGUUUCUGCAGCCAAAGAAGGUGGCCUUGUUGCCACAGUAGUCAAGGGCAAUAGCCCCACUUCCAUUUCCCUGGCUACACCCAAAGUUCUUGCUCCAGGACUAGUCACCGGUUCCAGUACAUUGUCUGGAACUCAGGCAGUCACCAUGACAACUUCAUCAGCUGCUGGAGCAUUAGCAUCAGCCAUCAAAACCAUCACUCUUCAGAAGCCAGUAUCAUCCUCUACCAUCACUUCACCCAUCACAGUAACCUCCAUGCCACAAGUGGGAUCGAGUGGCCUCCCCAAGAUUGUGACAGCUACUAGAGCUGCCCUGCCUGGUCAACUCAUUGUUCAGACACCAAGGCCACAGGGUCAACCUCUGCUGAUGGCUCGACCUCAGGUACCAACUACAGUAUCAACUGCUCCAGUCACGACAGUGUCAGCAGCUGCUGCAACAAAGUAUGCAGUCACACCACAAGUUGUGCAGCAAGUGGUUCGUCAAGCAUUGAUGCAGAACCAGACACCAGAGAUACAGGCCAAAUUAUUGGCUAUGCAACGACUGAUGACCCAGCCAAAAACUGCUGGCUCCUUAGCAGAGCUGGCAGAUUCAAUUACCAUAUCUACUUCAGGCUCUGAAAUUGGGGUGGAGGGGGCCAAAGUACCAAUCUCAGCAAUAAGUAAAGCACAAGUACCAACAGCUACACCCGACCAGAACCGUCCACGACAGCUUAAAACCACAGUAGUUGAAAAGGAAGAACAAAAUAGACUCACAAUUUGUGGUCAGGUGCUUCGAAACGUUAUUGAGAAAAUCGAGAAGAAGGAGCGAGACGAAAGCCGGCGGAUGAAGAAGCAAGAGAUGGAGGAGGAGAAACAUAAAAGACUAAUGGUAGCCAAACUUCAGGGCACUUUAUUCAAACACAAGGAAGCUCUUAAGAAGGAGAUUCUUAAGAAGCGGUCGAUUAUGGAGAAAAACCUACAGCAAGAGAUACAGGCUGAGGUGAAUGAACAAUUGAAGAAAAGGAAGAAAAAGCCAGAUUCGCCUGUACGUCCGUUGGUUACAGUGACAAGUCAAAAGGCACCAAUACUCAACCCAGACCAAACCAUAGCACAGGACGAACCUAAACGCAAGAAACAGAAAAUCAUUUCAACUGGGAGUAGAGCAUUCAAUCCCAAGGAAAAACUCUACUGUGUAUGUAAAACACCUUAUGAUGCCACCAAAUUUUAUAUUGGAUGUGACCUGUGUUCUAACUGGUUCCAUGGCGACUGUGUGGGUAUAUCAGAAGAAAGAGCCAAGACUAUAGAUACAUACGUGUGUGGGGAGUGCAAAAAACAGAAGGAGACAGCUACUGAGGAGCUAUACUGUCUGUGUAGGACACCGUACGAUGAGGCACAGUUCUACAUUGGAUGUGACCGAUGCCAGGACUGGUUCCAUGGGCGGUGUGUUGGCGUGUCGCAGGGUGAGGCAGACCAUAUUGACACUUACAUAUGUCCAAAUUGUAUGCGCAAAGAGGAGGCUGAUCCAAUCAGUCAGAAGGAACUCCUUGACCGGGACUAUGACACAUUACGCAGACUUGUUAAGAGUCUUCAGUCUCAUAAGAUGGCUUGGCCAUUCCUGGAGGCAGUUGAUCGUAAUGAAGUCCCAGACUAUUAUCAUGUUAUCAAGGAUCCAAUGGAUUUGAUGACAGUUGAGAGACGGCUACAGAAGAAGAAGUACAGUAAGUUAAAAGACUUUGUUAAAGAUGUGACUAAGAUAUUUGAUAACUGCAGACUAUACAACCCAACGGAUACGCCGUUCUACCAGUGUGCGGAAGUGCUGGAAACAUUUUUUGUGCAGAAACUGAAAUCUGUGAAGGAGCGGAUAUGAUGCAUAUAUUUAUAUAUCUUGUAUGUUUUGGGUCCUUUGUCAAUGUUUAUCACCUUGUUAGUGACUACUAAGUCAGAAUGUUUGUGUACCAUGAAGCAUGAAACAUCCUGUUAAUGAUUUGAGAAUGUUUUCAAUAUUUAUUCAUAUUCAUUAUUCACAUGUAAGAGCUUGAUUUCAGGUAAAAAUAAUUAAGCAGUUGUUGAUGUUUUUUUCUGAUGUUAAGCUUGAUUACUGUUAGCAUUCUCAGUAUCGAGUAUGAUAAUAAGUUUGACAGUUUGUAGGUGAAAUUUUCAAAAUUCCCUUACGAAAUCUGGUUUUUCUGACAGAUUUUCAUGUGAUCAUUUUGGAAAAAACUUUUUUGGAAAUGGUUUGCAAUACUCUAUUAACCUAAUAUUUUUCAUUAUUGUUCAGCUGACUACACUUUGACAAAGUCACUCAGAUAAUUCAGUGUUGUGAACCAGAAGUGGGGAUAUAAUGUAAGCUGUAAACUUGAACUUGGGUUGUUAACAUUGAUUUUUUUGGAUUUGUUAUGAUU